AUGGCUAGCGACGAUUCAUGGGUUUUCGAUUCUUUGGUAUGUUUUUUACACGGACCUGUUUGGAAUGCGCCUUUACAAACGUUCGUCGAAGAGAAGUCCUUACUAUUUGAUCCCAAUUUGCAACCGGAUUUUACUAAUCCCGAUAUACAGCAAAUACAUGAUGAUUAUAAAAAUUUAGUGGAUUAUAUGUUGGGCAGUUUUAUGGAGGAAAUGCAAAUAACACCGGAACAAUUUGAAAUGGCUUGUUUUGAAGGUAAAGAUCAACAUGUCGAGAAUCCUUUUAAUUUCCAUCAAGGUCUGUUUCAACAGAUUUGGGCUGCUAAUGAUAUCAAAAUUUUCAUACGCAUGAUGACACAACGAAAUGUUGAACUGCAAUUGCAGGCACUUGAUUUAAUUGAGAAAAAUCAAUUGGCCCUACUACGGGAAAGUGAGAGCAGUGAUAUUAGUAGUCUCAGCGACCUUGGACAUUCACAGAGCGAUAAAUUAACUGAUGUUGAAGACUUUAUAGCUAAGUCGGUAGACAAAGAAAUGGAAAGUCCCGAGGCUGCUUUAACCCCCGAGUCCAUCGAAGACAAUGAACAAAAUGCCUUGAACGAUAAAUUCCAACGUUUAAAUUUGUUUUUCGAUAAAAACCCGGUGAGUCCGGACGAGCUGCUUACACGUCAAGAGUAUUUAAAGCAACAGCGUGAUAAAAUCGUGGAAAUUAAAAAGCGAACACGAGCCAAACAGUUGCGCGAAACUGCUAAUUGUAAUGGAACUAUCAAAGUAAAACCUACAAGUAGCGUUGGAAGACCAUCUUCUGCUCAGAUGGCUCAAAAGCUGUUCGAAAGUGUUUCAAAGUCUAACACAGUUUUGGAACAACCGGAAGAAUGCGAAACCAAUAACGCAUUACAGUUACGUAAAACUCUGGCGAAACGCUUGAAAGCAGAAGUCGUUGAACAAAACUAA